CACUCAGUACCUGUUAUUCAUCCACUGCAUUUCUCUGAGCUGUGUCAGCAGCACAGCAGGGGUGAUCCAUGUGUCUGGAUAUGAGGGGGCAGAUGUUAAUGUUUCUUGUUCCUAUGAGAAGGGAUUUCAAUCUUCCGAGAAGUACCUGUGCAAGUCAAACUGUGGCAGGAAUGAUGUUCUUAUCAUGACCACACAACCGAAAAACAACAAAUACUCCAUCUACGAUGACAAAAAGGCUCAAAUCUUCACUGUGACCAUCUUCGAUUUGCAGAAAAGGGAUGCAGGGAAAUACUGGUGUGGCAUCUCCUUAUUUGGAAAUGACAUCUACACUGAAGUCAUAGUGGAUGUUAAGCAAGACAGCUGCUGUAACAGUGUGACCAAAAUAAAAAGCUAUAAAAAAGAUUCAGUGACCAUUAGUUGUCCUUAUGAGUCUGAGUACCAGAACAACCUGAAGUACAUCUGCAGAGGAACACGGCCCUCCAUAUGUCUGCAGCAGGCACUGAUCACCUCUGACAACAAAGAAAAUGGACGAUUCAGACUUGAUGAUGACAAAGUGUUAGGAACAUUCACAGUGAACAUUACCAGACUGACCCGAAGGGAUUCUGGUUUAUACCUUUGCGGUGUCCAAAGAAACAGUGGACUAGAUGUUUUCUCUGCUGUUGAGCUUCAAGUCAAAGCGAUUCACGUUCUGGUUUACUUUCUGCCCGCACCUCUGGUUAUGAUGCUGAUACCGACAGUGGCUUGGAUCAAGGUUUAUAAAUGCACCAAAGUGAGAGGUAAAACACACAUAUGCACACAAACACAUAUAUAGAUUUGUCCACACACAAGCACUUUAAUUUUUUGUUUUCUGUGUUGCUCCAGCAGCUGACAUCGGCAUGAACAGAAUCAUGAUAAACACUGAAGAAGCAGGAGAAGCAAAGCUUAAGGAUCAUGUGAGAGGAAAAUACACGAGACAGUAUUAGAAGCAUUUAGAGUGUGCAAUGUUUGCUGCACCGUACUGGCGAUUUAGCUUGCUUUGACAGUGGUCCUGCAAAUGUUACGUUUAUUCUCAGGCACAUCUUCCCACCAUGUCCUCUAACAUGUGUACAUUAUUUCAAUAUUACAUUUCUGUAGACUCCUAUUUACUCAAUUUAGGCUAAAAAAUCAGAGAAAUAGACGCACCUGGUGCUAGUGAGCCAAAAAAAUAUGUUAUCAUCAAGAAAUGAUUAUGCCAUGUGUCCAUCUUAUUGUGACCUCUGAAUUUCACAGUGAGUUUCCUUCAUCAUUGUAAUCUUUCCUUCUAUUUGUUUUUUAGACUUAUGAAAACCAAGUUGUUGAGGCGUGUUUCAAUUUGGAUUCUUCUGAGCAGCGGAACAACUGGCACAUCUAUGAUAAUGAUGAUGGUGAUCAUGUGUAUGAAGAUAUCCCUGAGAUAGAAGAUAUGUGCUUUACUCAUGAACGCUAAAACGACAGAACCAAAACAAACUGAACAGUAUACAAAACUGUGAUCAAAUAUGUGGUCAUAUUAAUGCCUUCAGUACUAAUUGUAAAAAGUCAUCUUUAUAUCAGGCAUAACCAUUUCUCAGAAGUACACAUCUAUAUUAAACUAUGACAUAAUCUUAUAUUUUUAGUUUAGCCUGUCUUCUCCCAGCUGUACACCUGUUAUGUACAUUGCCUGUAGUUAUGGGUUUUCCUCUGAUGUAGCAGUUUUUAACACUUGUACUUCAUAGUAGUUCUGUUCGAGCCCCAUAUUGUCAAUCUUUUUAGAAUACGUGAAUGAAUAAA